AUGAGCAAAACGGUGGAGCAGAUUUACCAAAAAAAGACUCAGCAUGAGCACAUCUUAGCCCGUCCUGACAUGUACAUCGGGACGAUUGAAUCCUUAACCGAUGAGAUGUGGGUAUACGACGAGGCGGAUGGGAUUAUGAAGCAGCGAAAGUGCACGUGGACGCCUGGAUUGUAUAAGAUUUUUGAUGAAAUUCUCGUCAACGCGGCGGACAACAAAGUCCGGGAUCCUGGCGGCCAGACCAUGAUUAAGGUCUGGAUUGACGAGCACAGCGUGCGAGUGUACAACAACGGGGAGGGGAUCCCCAUCCAAAAACACCGUGAGCACAAUUUGUGGAUCCCCGAGAUGAUUUUUGGCCACCUUUUGACCUCCUCCAACUACGAUGAUAACGAGGCGAAGGUAACCGGCGGACGGAAUGGGUUCGGGGCCAAGCUCACCAACGUCUUUUCUAAACGUUUUGAGCUCGAGACGGUGCACAGCCGCUCGCGUAAAAAAUUUUACAUGAAGUGGACCAACAACAUGAUCGAUCACGAGGACUCCCUCAUCACCCCCUGUGAUGGCCCAGACUACACCAUGGUCACUUUUUACCCCGAUUUCGCGCGUUUUCGCAUGGAAAAAUUUUCCCAGGAUUUGAUUUGGUUAAUGCAGCGGCGGGUCUAUGAUAUCGCCGGAUGCACCGACAAAUCACUGAAAUGUUUUCUUAACGGAAAUCGAAUACCGGUGACCAACUUUACGGAGUACGUCGCGCUUUAUCCGACAAUGGGGGAGGAGGUUCACAAACACAGCUACGCGCGCGUGAGUGAUCGCUGGGAGCUUUCUGUUCGGGUCUCCAACAUUGGCUUUCAACAGGUAAGUUUCGUCAAUUCCAUCGCCACGACGCGCGGGGGGAGUCAUGUUCGUUAUAUUCUCGACCAAAUUAUCAACAAAGUGAUCGAACAGGCCAAAAAGCGCAGUAAAACCGAGGUGAAGCCGCAUAUGAUUCGCCCGCACAUUUUUCUAUUUCUGAAUUGUCUGAUUGAAAAUCCUGGGUUUGACUCACAGACGAAAGAAACACUCAACACGGUAAAGUCGAGGUUCGGCUCCGCGUGCGAGAUUCCUCCCGCCAUGAUUGAUUACAUUUUGCGUUCGGGUAUUGUUGAGCGCUCGGUUGAGAUGGCAAACAGCAAACUAACGCGCGAGAUGUCAUCGAAACUGCGGAAUUCAGAUCGAAAACAAAUUUUGGGCAUCCCCAAGCUCGACGACGCGAACGAGGCGGGCGGAAAGUACAGUCACCGCUGUACGCUCAUUCUCACGGAGGGCGAUUCCGCCAAAACGCUAUGUACCGCCGGCCUUGCGGUGAAGGAUCGCGACUAUUUUGGUGUUUUUCCUCUGCGUGGGAAGCCGCUCAAUGUGCGCGAUGCUUCCCUUAAGAAAGUGAUCCAAUGUGAGGAAAUUCAAAGCGUUUUUAAGAUUAUGGGAUUGGACAUUCGCCAAAAGAACAUCGACGUGAACACGCUGCGGUAUGGGCAUCUGAUGAUUAUGUCCGAUCAGGAUCACGAUGGAUCGCAUAUCAAAGGGUUGAUCAUUAAUAUGAUUCAUUAUUAUUGGCCCAAUUUACUGCGCGUUCCGAGCUUUAUGCAGCAGUUUAUCACCCCAAUCGUGAAGGCGCGGCGGAAAUCUAAAGGCUCCGGCGACGACAAGGCGAUUUCGUUUUUCUCCAUGAAGGACUACUUCGAGUGGAAGCAGAGUAUCGGGGAUUCCAUCUCGCACUACGAGAUUCGAUACUACAAGGGUCUUGGGACGUCCGGGGCGAAGGAGGGUCGGGAGUACUUCGAGAACAUCGAGCGUCAUCGGCUUGACUUUGUGGAGCGCUCCCCCGUCGAUGCCGAUCGCAUUUGCAUGGCCUUCGCCAAGGACCGCGUGGAGGAUCGCAAGGAGUGGAUCACCCACUACAAGGCGAACGAGAACAACAGCGCGACGAUCGACUACAGCGUGCCGCGGAUGACUUAUGGGGAGUUUGUCGAUCGCGAGCUGAUUCUCUUCUCCAUCGCGGACUGCGAGCGCUCCAUCCCGAGCAUGUUGGAUGGCUUCAAGCCGGGCCAGCGGAAGAUUCUCUUUUCCUCGUUUAAGCGCCGGCUAACGCGGUCCAUCAAGGUCGUCCAGCUCGCGGGCUACGUCUCGGAGCACUCCGCUUAUCAUCAUGGGGAGCAGUCCCUCGUGCAGACAAUUGUGGCCAUGGCCCAGGACUUCGUAGGUAGCAAUAACGUCCCGCUUCUUUGCCAGGACGGCCAGUUCGGGACGCGUUUGCAGGGCGGAAAGGAUCACGCCGCGGGGCGAUAUAUUUUUACCCGCCUUUCCCACCUCGCGCGGCUGAUUUUUCACCCCGCCGACGACUACAUCGUGCAGUACCGCGAUGACGACGGGCUUUCGGUUGAGCCUUUUCACUACAUCCCAGUGAUCCCAAUGGUGCUGGUGAACAGCACCUCAGGGAUCGGCACCGGCUUUAGCACCAACAUCCCAAGCUAUAAUCCGAUUAACAUUAUUGAUAAUAUCAAGCGCCUGCUUUCAGGGGAAAGCGUGGUACCAAUGCAGCCAUGGUAUUUUGGCUUUACCGGCGUGAUUCGAGAGAAGGGCGAGGGUAAGUUUACCUCUCAUGGCAAAUACGAAAUUCGCUCCGAUGGGAUUGUCUGUAUUACCGAGCUUCCAAUAGGAACUUGGACGCAGGUCUACAAAAAGUUUCUUGAGGAUCUUCGCGAGAAGGAGAUUGUCGUGCAGUAUCGCGAGCACAACACAGACGUCUCGGUCGAUUUUGAGGUUUUGGUCCACCCUGAGGUCUUUCGGAUGUGGUGCGAGCAGGACGUCGUCGAGGAGCGUCUCCAGCUUCGUGAGUACAUCCACGCAACGAAUCUUAUUGCCUUUAAUUACGAAGGCCGGCUCAAGAAAUACCCCGAUGCGGAGUCGCUCCUGAUGGAAUUUUACCCCAUUCGUAUUGACUACUACGUCAAACGAAAGGACUACAUCCUCGGCGGGCUUCGCCGCAUGACGAGCAAACUCGAAAACAUGGUCCGCUUUGUCCGUGAGGUGGUGAGUGGGCAGCUGGUGGUCACGAGGCGGAAAAAGAAGGAACUUCUCGAGGAGCUGCGGUCGCGGCAGUACAAACCCUUCCCGCCCUUUCAAAAGAAAAAGCUCACGGCCACCACGAUUGAACAGGACGACACCGCCGACGGCCCUCAACAGGACGUGGAUGAGGAUUUACAGUUUUUGGCCCAUGGACGCGGCGAGGGGACAGCGGAGGGCGGCUUUUCCGGCACCUCCGAUUCCGCCGAGGCGGAUUCGCCCGAGGUGGCGCGCGCCUCCCGCGAUUAUGAUUACCUGCUCGGCAUGAAGUUGUGGAAUCUCACGCUCGAGAUGAUCGAGCGCCUCGAGGCACAGCUUCGUCAUGCCAAAGAAGAAACCGAGGCCAUGGCGCAGCGAACACCGCGCGAUCUUUGGCUGGAGGAUCUGGACGCGCUCCGGCCUAAACUGAUCGCGUAUUUUACCGAACGCGAGCGUGAAAUUGCCUCUAUUCGGCGCAAGAAAUUAGAAAAAAGAAGCCGUUCGACACCCGACGGCUGCGGGUGCCGAUUUUGUCCGAUAAGGCCCGCCAAGUUUUACAGAAGGAAUUUAGCAAGCUUUUGGGCCCUCGGCGCGUACCCAAGGUCGAAGGCGUGGCCGAUUCGGAUGAGUCGGUCAGGACCAGGGUUGGAUCGCUCGUGCAAACGAAACCCCCCCGAACCAAGCGGGCGAGAAAGAAGAAAGACAGCGAUGAUGAAGAGGACUCCUUCCACUUCACGUCGGAUACGGACUCCGACGACGUCGACCUCAGUGAUGACGGGGGCCACAUUGUAG